CCGAACCCCAUCUCCCUAGAGGUGUUUUCUGUUCCCUCCCUCUUCCUCCCCUUGUCUCUUGUGCAUGCUCAACACAGCCUGGAUCAGUUAGUUCAGAGGUUCUGAGGAGGCACUACACAGCUCUGGGAUCCAGUUUGAAGUCAGUGUUCAUUUAGCUACUGGUGAGAUGGAUAAGUGUGUGAUGACACUCCCAGUCCUGCUGCUGUUCCUGGGCCUGGUUGUGAUGUCCCGGUCCUGUCUGGAGCCAGCCUCUGCAUACAGGUUCACUGGGGCUGUCUGUAGGCUGACCUACCCUGCAGCGGUGGUCUUAAAUGAAAAGACGACCAAGGUCAUCCAGGCUGCAUUCCAGCAUGCCAAAUAUCCAAGCAUCAGCAACGAGAAGUCUAUUAUCUUUGUUGGAAAGGUGAAAUAUGGGCUUGCCAAUCUGGAGAUCCAUAACCUGUCGAUUGGGCGGAGUGAGUUUGAGCUCAUAGCAGGUGAAGGCAUUGAGAUUGCCAUCUCCAACGUGUCUGCUGUUUUCAAGGGAACCAUCCAGUAUGGAUAUGGAAGCUGGCUUGUCAAUGUGGGACAUUCAGUAGAUUUUGAAAUUGAUUCGCACAUUGAUCUUGGCAUUAACCCCAAACUCUAUUGUGGAAAGGGGAAAGUUGCUGCAGACACAUCAGACUGCUACCUCACGUUCCACAAGCUGGAUCUCCUGCUGCAGGGAGACAGAGAGCCUGGCUGGCUCAAGAGGCUGUUCACAAACUUCAUCACCUUCACUGUGAGGCUGGUUAUUAAAAGCCAGAUCUGUAAGGAGAUCAAUAAUGUGGCAAACAUAUUGGCUGACUUUAUACAGGAGCAAGCAGAGCAAUUCCUUAGUGAUGGUGACAUCAGCAUGGAUAUUGGAGUAACUUCUGCCCCUGUCAUCACAUCCAAUUACAUUGAAUCAUACCACAAGGGUCUGGCCAAAUACAACAACGUGACAGCUGUCAUCAAUGAGUCUGUAUUCGACCCCAGCCAACUGACAGAGGACCGCAUGCUGUACUUCUGGAUCUCUGAUGAGGUCUUCAACCCCCUGAUUACAGCUGCCCACCAAGAUAGACGUUUUGUCCUCAACAUCUCUGGCCUGGAGCUCACAGAACUGUUUAAGACAAAUUUGUCUACCCCCAUUCCAGAGUUCCUAAGCCAGUUUCUGUCCUCUGWGGAGCCAGUGCUGAGGGUGUGGAGUGUGUCAGUGCCUCACCUGUGGACAACCCCAAUGGGCACCUCUGUCAGAGCUGUGGCUGCAGCAGAGCUGACCAGCGGAGCUGAGGACAUCCCAGGACUUUACUUUGAGAUGGAGGUGGAGGUUGUUGUGACUGCUUCCUACGCCAAGAAGAAACUGAUCCUAAUCGCUACAACAUCACAAAUUUCCAUAAUGAAGGAUUCACUGUCCACAGACACACUGCAGAUGGUUGAAGCCCACAUUGACUAUUUGAAAGAGGCAGUGGAGAAAAUAGGUGUCCCAAACGUCAUAUCCGAACUAGAACCAAGUUUAACUGCACUACUGGACAAACAGGGAGCAAAUCUGUUUGAUCUCAUCGAACCCCAGGUUGUUUCUCAGGAUGGUUUUGUGAUUAUCCAGACAGACUUUGCCUUUCCUCAUCAUCUGCUUGUGGAAUUUCUCAAGAAGAAUCUGGAGUGAUUCUAAUAUUGAGAUGGUGGGAGUGGUCACAGUCGCUCCCUGUCCCUGUGCAUCAAAUCACAUACAGUAGGCUACAGUAUACUGAGGUCUAAUGUGCAAUGUUUUGAAUGACUGUAUUAGUGUGUUGAUAAACGUACACUUGGGAAUACAAUUACUAGUUUUAUUUUCACAUUAAACAGGAACAGGUGCAAACACAUAGCAAAUCGGGCACUCUAUAUGUGUGAAAAGCUUUUUGAAAAGGUCAUUGUCUUUGUACACUCAUUAUGAACAUCUGUAUUGACAUGGUUGAUUCUGUCUCUUAACCUUGUCCCUAAAGCUGAAUUAGAUAUUCAACUUGGCUCAAUUAGAAACAUGAUUUGUAUUUGCAUACUGUAAGUAAAGGGUUAAAUGUGACCAUGGCAGUAGGGUAUUUCCGCUCGUGUCUUGUGAUUGGAUUGGUUAAUUUAAUAUUCCAUGGUUCAGGUGGCACAGAGCAGGUAGAACCGGUUCCUCUGCCAACUGCCCUGAUGUACCAGGUGUUCCUCUGCCCUCUGGGUAGAUAGCCAUUGAUCGAUAGAAGUUGGCUUCAGAAUGGAAACAAUAAUAAUAAUAAGUGUCCCACUGAAAUGUGCAUUUUUUAAAAUAAACUAAUAUACGGUU